AAUUCAUUUGAUAUCCACGUUUCCCAGCUAAGUGCUAACAACUCCUUUGCUCGUCGCCCUCGACGACCACCAAGCCUGAAUCGCGCGACUUUUAGCACAGGCUCGCAAUCGCGACCAUGCUGCCCAAGGUCGCUAAUCACAUCUUUCUGCACACUUCUCGUGCAGUAGCCGCCGUCCAAAACCAAACAGGCCAUACCCUCCGUAACGUACUUCAGCUUCAGUCAUCUGCACCAAGCGCGCCUACAACAUGGACUGGCGCCGGCAGCUCAAGCUGGGGCAGCAAUGGCGCUGGCCCGGGUGGAGCAAAGUUCAAUGCAGGUAGUCGGUUCUAUAACGGGUAUACGGGAGCCGGGCGUGCUGUGACACAGGCUAAUGCGUCUACCUCACAUGACGGUAACGCUGAACAGAGCGACGAGCGCGAUGAGAUUGUUCCCAAGCGCGUCGAGCCCCACUCUUCCAAGCGUGUUGUUACCCGUCGGCACAGUCUCUCGCUUGGCUCACUUAGUGAGCGCGAGCAUGGACAAACAGAGUCUUUAGGCGUCUUGCACACUGUCCAAUUACACGUUCGCUCACAACACACGUUUGCUGCAUCCGGCGAAGCACUUGACGAAUCUCCCUCUGAUUCUUCGCGGCCUCCCCUCACACGGCGCAACUCUACAGCUACGCUGAGCGCAUCCGAUUCCAUUGAUGAUUUACCCCCGCCCCCGGUCCCCUCUGCAUCUGGCAAAUACAUACCCACCGAUCCCGCAGCCCCACAAUCUGUCACAGACCCAGCCGCAGACGACGAGAGUGACAAAGUCUCCGAAAUGUACCAAUCUCUUCGUAGGGCAGCGCGGUCUGGUGAUGGUGCUAGUGUCAUCCACGAAAUCCACGUCCUCCGCACAGCUCACAAGAACCCCAUCGUUUCAGAGUUCAACAUGGCCUUAUCUGGUCUCCACGAGACUCGUCGCCCUGGUGAACCCCUUACACUUUUGCUCGAGACAUACAAUGACAUGAUCCAACGUUCCCUUACGCCAAAUGUUCGCACCUACAUCACUUUAAUUCUCGCUCUCACCGAGCGCGAUCACGAGGUCCACAAGUCUAUUGGAGGUCUUGAUGGUCGAGUCAAGCGCCGUAAGCUUCUUGGUCGCGAGGAGGUCGCUAUGGAUGAAGCAGAUGAGAAGCGUAUCCAGCAGCUCAUGGCAGAGAACAACUUUGUCUCUGCUAUGUCUAUGUUUGACGCAGCGAUGAACAUUGGCGCACGCAACAAAUUUCCCAUCGCGGUUUACAACAAUCUUCUCCGCUCAUGUGCAUUCCAAGCUGACGUGGAUGCUGCUAUUCGCAUCUUUGCACAGCUGGAAUCGCGCACUGACUUUCUCCCUGGACCUCAAGUUUUCUUACAUCUGCUCUCUGUAUAUGCCAAUGCAAAUGACCUGCAGGGCGCUAAGGAGGUCUUCCAGGAGUUCAGGGAAGCCAGCAAGGCAGGCCGCGUCAAAGGACUUGAUUUCUCCGCCGCUCCUGAAGCAGCCGUAGCAAGCUCGAUCACUCGGGGGCAACUUCUUGUCUGGAAUAAGAUGAUCGAAGCUUACUUCCGUGGUGGCCAGCCCGCAGGCGCUCUCCGCCUCCUGGAAACCAUGAUGGACAGCAACGUUAACCCCGCUGAACUCUCGCCGGAAGUUCCUUCACCCUCUUCGUCCACAUUCUCAUCCAUCAUUGCCGGUUUCUGCCACUCCGGAGACGUCUCAAGUGCUCUGUCCUGGUUUGACCGCCUGCUACAGCAGGGUGAAGCAGCACGUCACCCACACGAGUCUUCCCUUGUUCCCCCUCGCCCCGAUCAGCUUGCAUGGAGUGUGAUGCUUGACUUCCUCGCUCAGGAGGGCAUGAUCGCAGAUCUUAAUCGGCUCUACGAUGUUCUUCUUGAGUGUGCCCCUCGUGACGGCCUCGAAGUCCGCCGUGUAGAUCACACCCUUGUUCUCGAAGCCAAUGUCAAUUAUCUCCAGUCCGGGACCAUCAAUAAGUCCGGAGCUAAGAAGAACAUUCCGGCUUUUAAGGAUGUGCUCAGGCUUGUCCGACUAGCGAACAAUGUAAAUUCCCCUCUGAGCAAAGAAUUGGCAGUCCUUUACCUACACACCUACAUGUCGACUUGCAGCCGCGGUGACAUGACACAAUACGGUGUUGGCCUCCGUGACCAUGAGGCACUCCUGUCCAGUGCCCUCGCCAUCCUCCCAGCAGAGACCGAUAUGGAGCAGAUUAUUCCGAUCAAAAACUACGCGUACAAGGGCAUUGUUCCCCUUCUUACUGCGGUUUCAAAGCAAAAUCUACAGUUAUCCAAACUGAAAGCCAGCCUCGUCUCCAAUCUUUCGGAUGCAUUGUAUGCUGGCUACUCGAAGGAGCAGCGGGAUGAAUUUUUUAAAAGGGUGUCAUCCAGCUUCCGUAUCGCACUCGAGAAGCCCAGCGAGUCGCGCAACGCGUCACCUAACCCUGUGAUGCAGAUGUACCCUCCAAUCAAGGACGUCAUUGUUGAUGGUACGCUCAGCCGCCAUGUCGAUGAUUGGUUCCCAUCCCACCCAACCGUGACAAUUCAUGAAGCCUACCGCCGCCUCCAAGAGGGAAUUGUCAAUAGCAAGUAUGUUCACCCCUCUACUCUCGGGCGGCUCAUCAACGGCUACGGACGUGUCGGUGAUCUCGAUAAGGUGCACAGCCUGUAUGAUAUCGCGCAGAUCGUACUGUCCUCGAUCGAUAACAAGCAUUGGCAGUCUCAGGCGUGGUUCCAAAUCGAAGAUCAGAUGAUCAUCGCAUGUGCACAUGCCGGAGACAUGGAAGCUGCGUUCCAACACCGCGAUCGUAUCACAUCUAACGGUGGAAUUCCUUCUGCUGACGCCUACGGCUCGCUCAUAGAGUGUGUCAAGGACACCACAGAUGACACCUCGAACGCUAUGGCUCUCUUCAGUGAGGCGCAGAUGCUUGGAUGCACACCGAACGUCUACCUCUACAACACGAUCAUUUCCAAGUUGGCCAAAGCGCGCAAGGCUGACUUCGCACUUGAGCUAUUUCAGCAGAUGAAGGCUACCCCUGGUGUGCGCCCAUCCUCGAUCACAUACGGCGCCGUCAUUGCUGCUUGCGCCCGCGUCGGUGAUGCUCAGUCCGCCGAGCAGUUGUUCUUGGAGAUGUCUUCGCAGCCCAACUUCAAGCCUCGCAUCCCACCCUACAAUAUGAUGAUGCAACUGUACGCGCACACAAAACCUGACCGUGCGAAAGUGCUCCAUUAUUAUGACCAACUUCUUCUCGCUGGUGUCAAGCCUUCUGCCCACACGUACAAGCUACUCAUCGAUGCAUAUGGAACUAUUGAGCCCGUUGAUGUCAGUGCUAUGGAAGGUGUGUUCAAACUCCUCCGAAACAACAGGUCGGUGGUGCUGCAGGGCAGCCAUUGGGCCGCCCUUAUCAACGCCUACGGUUGUGUGAAGAAGGACUUGGAGAAGGCGAUCAGUACAUUCGACUCCAUCCCAGCACCUGAUGCUGUUGCCUAUGAAUCUCUCAUUAAUGUCCUCGUCACCAACAAGCAGAUGGCUCUUGCACCCAGUUACAUGGAGAAGCUGAAGUUGUCUGGUGUACAUAUGACGGCGUACAUCGCCAACCUCCUGAUCAAGGGUUAUGCUGCCACCGGGGACAUUGAAGAAGCUCGAAGAAUAUUUGAGAGCUUGGUGGAUCCUCCCAGUGGCGUUGCAGCGUCAGGUAACCAUGUCCCUCAUGAAGGCUCCAACCAGCCUAGGUCCUCAUCGCCAUCACCGUCGUACCGCGAGCCAUCGACGUGGGAAGCUAUGUUCCGUGCAGAGCUUGGUAAUGGUUAUCGUGACAGAGCGGUCGCACUGCUGGCACGGCUACAGGAAAGACAAUUCCCCGCCGCAGUAUACAACCGGAUACGAGGAAUCAUGAUCGAUGAUUCCGUCUCACCAUGGGCAGCAUCGCCCUGAUCCCACUAUCAUGAAGAUGUGUCCACUGCUUGAUUAUCACGGACCCGGCAACACUGGCUAACCAGCAGAAGGCGCAAUAUUUUUCUAGACGCCAUGAUUGGAUUACUAAAAGUAUCUGCUCACUAAUCAUUCAUCCAUUGCGACACUACAUCAUGCAUGACACUUUUGUACACUAUUGUCUAUAUCUAUACAUCUGUAUCAUAUCCGCGAUACAACUGCAAUGAAUCCUUUGCAAGCUGCUGCUUAUCCGAUGAAAC